UCUCUCUCUCUCUCUCUAAUUUUCGAGCAAAACCAAUGUUGCAGUCUCUGCAUUUCCUUUCCCACAACUUCUUCUCAGCUCUUUCUCCUCCCUUCUAUCCAUCUUUAAAUACCAUUUCUUAUUCUUCUUCUUGCUCCUACAGAGGCACCUCUGUAAGCCCGGAUCGCAACCACCUCCGAACCAGAACCGGACCUUUGCAUGCCCAGCUCUCCGAGCCAACGACGGUAACGACAGAAACCUCACCGGAAGAUGGACCAAUCGAACUCGAUCCUUCGUCUUCAUCUUCAUCUAUCUUCGCCACCACCGAUAACCCUUCUACCCUACAAGUAGCCACCAGUGUACUUCUCACCGGCGCUAUCUCUGUUUUCCUCUUCCGCGCAGUGAGACGUCGCGCCAAACGAGCUAAAGAGCUGAGACUAAGGUCCAGUGGUGUCCCCAAAAGGACUCUCAAGGACGAGGCAUUGGAUAGUCUCAAGGCAAUGAAGCCGACCUCAGGUGAAGCAGGGUCUCCUCCUUCUCCUGCUCAGGCAUUGUUGGGAGCACUCACAGCCGGUGUAAUUGCCCUUGUGCUUUAUAAGUUUACCACCACUAUCGAGGCGGCGCUCAAUCGGCAGACCAUCUCUGAUGUCUUCACGGUUCGUCAAAUAACGAUAGCGAUAAGGACCAUAGUGAAUGGGCUGUGCUAUCUGGCUACGUUUAUUUUCGCCUUCAAUUCUAUUGGUUUAUUCCUCUACUCUGGGCAGCUGGCAAUCAACUCCUCCGUGGAAGGCAGAAGUGAAGCAACUGUAGAUAAAAAUUUGCCAAACAGCAAACAAAGUCUAUCAAAUGAGCUGCCUGUAGAAAAUGAUAAAUCCAGCAGCGGUGAAGUGGAGCAAGCUUCUGAUGAGACUUAAUAGUUCUAAAGAAUGAUGGGAAGCACAGCACUCAAAUUCUGACCGAGAUUUGUGGAGAACAUGGAACGAUACAGCAGCGAUAGGUACCUAAGUUCUGAUUUGAUUGAAUAGUUGAAGAUAUGAGCACUUGUAUCAAAGAGUGUAUCUAUUUCCUUGAUCAAAAUUCCCCACCAUUUUCUGAAACUGAGGUAGUCACUUACUUUUCUAUAAGGUAUUAGCUUCAUUU